CGCUUUCUGCAGGCAGUUAACUUCGUGUGCGCCUUCCACCUGUUCAAAGAAAACGUAGGCAGCCCAUGUCUCAUGGAUGGUCCUUCCAUGUUUCCGACGUUUGACGUCAAUGGUGAAAUCGCCGUAGAAUGCGUCUUAGCGUACCGUCUGUUCCCCGACUUGGUCCGAGGAGAACUGGUUUCCCUCAAGUCACCGUUCAACCCUAACAGGAUCGUGUGCAAGAGGGUCAUCGGGCUCGCCGGAGAUACAAUCUGUGUUGACCCCACGGGUUCGAAGGCUCCCUCAACAGAACAUGUCGUCGUACCGGAAGGCCAUGUCUGGGUAGCAGGAGACAAUACCUCGUGCUCAAUAGACUCCCGCGACUACGGACCAGUAUCCAUGGCGCUUAUCAGGGGCAAAAUUGUUGCAAGAGUAUGUGUUUGGUUAAUUUUCCUGGACGACAUAACGCACUCGGACUACAACAGGUUUAUCCUUUCGAUCGAUUCCAAAUAUUCAUUCCAGGGGUCACGUAUGUUGACCAAAUUAAUAGUAGCUACAAGUGCGACGGUGAUGGUAAGGGAAAUAAUGCAGGGUCAUGAUAAAGUCAGCGGACGAAGUUCAUCGAAUAACCUCCUUGCCCGUUUGGUUCAAACUUGA